UGUGCAGAAAGCUGCACCACAUCUAGAACCACCAUAGCCAUGCCAAUCUAUUCAUCCGACUCCGACGACCAACACGUAGCUCAGGUAAAACUAUUUCAUCGCGAGAGGCCUCUGCACGCUAUCCUCGGAGGAGGAAAAGUUGCUGAUGUACUAUUAUGGAAAAACAACCAAUUGUCGGCUGCAAUUCUAGCUGGGUUCACAAUUAUAUGGUUUCUUUUCGAAGUUGUGGAGUACAACUUUGUUUCUCUUGUGUGUCACAUUUCCAUCCUCACGAUGCUCAUUGUUUUCGUCUGGUCUCAUGGUGCUGGCCUCAUCAAUCGGAAUCCACCUGAUAUUCACCACAUCAGAGUCCCAGAAUCCACAUUCAGAUGGUUAUUCGCGAAAAUUAACGGGUUAUUGUUGAAAUUCUUUGACAUAUCACGUGGGAAAGAUUUGACACAUUUCUUUGUGACAAUUGCUUUCCUCUGGAUAUUAUCAGUCAUUGGAAAUUAUUUCAGCUCCUUGAAUCUGUUAUACAUUGGCUUUCUCUGCUUGGAAACAUUACCAGUACUGUUCGAGAGGUACGAAAAGGAGGUGGAAAUUCUUGCAAGAAAAGGGAAUCGAGACAUGAAGAAAUUGUACAAAAGAUUGGAUUCCAGAAUUCUUAACAAGAUUCCAAGAGGGCCAGUGAAGGAAAAGAAAUUCAAAAGAGAAAAAUAAAUAGAAAGUAACUAAAGAUUCAUGUAAUAAUAAACCUUGAAAAUGUAAAGUUUGAAGUAAUUUGUUAUUAUUAUUAUUAUUAUUAUUAUUA